AUGAUAAGGAACCUGAAUCUGCAACCUGAUGUUCUAAUGGAAGAAGAAAACCAGGAUCUCCCUGGUCCAGGACCGGCCACGCUCCAGAUGAGGAUGCUUCUGAACUUUCAGAUGAGGAACCUGAAUCUCCAACCUAAUGUUCCAAUGGAAGAAGGAAACCAGGAUCUCCUUGGUCUAGCGGCGGCAACCCUCGAAAUGAACCUUCAGAUGGCAGCUCAAGUCGAGGAAGAAGAGAUGGAACUGGACGAUGAAGAAGAAGCUCAUGGAAUUGAAGAAGUCGCAGCUCCAGAAGAAAAUGUCGCUUGCUGUUCUUGUCCUCUUCAGAGCCGGUACAACGUCCCAAACAGAGAAUGCUCAGGAGGAGAGAAAUGCCAAAACGAGAGCAGAAUCCCACCAAAUGCAGAUUUCAUGGGGCUUAUCGAACCAAGUAGUAAUGGAAGUGACUACUGCAUGGAGUGUUUCGCCGUGGAAGACCGAAAAAUCCAGAAGGAGCGCUAUAUGAAGAAGAAGAAUGAGAAUGACAAGUUUGAAGAAGUGUUGAGAUGCUCAAGAUGUAUGAAAUUGUGGCACAUAUGCUGCUCCUUUCACAUGAAAAGAUCCAAUGGGUUCAAAUGCAAGUUCUGCGUGAAAAAUGAGGCUCCGAAGAUCUUGGAUGCUGGAAAGGGACGAUGUCGAAUUGUCACGAUGAUGGAGGACAAGCUGAAUGCGAUUCUGGAGGAGCAACAAGGAAAAAUAUUCUUCAUGCUCUACACCCACGAAUACAAGAAUCCAGCUAAUCAGAAGUCUUGGUUCGCGAUCGACUACCUGGAUUCUGUGAAGUACUUGGAGGCCGACCGUCGGAAGCAGAUCAACCAGGAAAUUCUUUCACAUAAAUUCUUUGUUUUUUAA